AUGGCCGACUUUAUCGCCGAGAUGACCCCAGGAAACUCCACCCCCGAAUCGUGGAAACUACAUGUUGACGGCUCAUCGAACGUCACCUCUGGAGGUGCCGGAGUCAUUCUCGAAAGUCAGAACGGAGUCGUAAUCGAACAAUCAGUACGAUACGAAUUCCCAGUCUCAAACAACCAGGCAGAAUACGAGGCCCUCCUGGCAGGCCUAGCCCUAGCUCGGGAGGUCGGAGCAAAGGUCCUAGAGGUAAACACCGACUCACAGGUAGUCAGCUCCCAAAUCAACGGAGACUACCAGACACGAGACCCCCUACUCCAACAGUACCUCGCCAAGGUAAACAAACUAAAAGAAGGAUUCGAGCGAGUUACCAUACAACAUGUCCCUAGAGAACGAAACGCCAUAGUAGACCUACUUUCCAAACUAGCCAGUACCAAACCCGGACACGGUAACAAAUUGCUAAUCCAGGAAGUCGUUAAGUCACCCUCCGUGUCAACAACGACCAACGCUCAUCUGACAUUCUCGAACCAGGGAUCUUGGACCCACCCUAUCCUACAAUACCUCCUCGACGGAACACUGCCACCAGACCCCAAAGAGGGAAAACGAAUAAAAAGGGAAGCCGCCAACUAUACCAUUGUCGCAGGACAGCUAUACAAACGCGGAUUCUCGCAACCCCUGCUCAAAUGCGUGGAACCCGAGAACACGGAGUACAUACUCCGCGAAAUCCACGAAGGUUGCUGCAGCCACCAUGUCGGAGGCAAAACAUUAGCCCAAAAAGUCAUCUGGGCAGGCUACUUCUGGCCCACGGUUAUCCGGAAUUCCAUUCAAAUAGUCAAAAGCUGCGACAAAUGCCAAAGGCACGCCAAUAUUCACCAAGCCGCCCCUCACAAACUCAGCAUCAUCUCGGCAGAACGGCCAUUCGGCACCUGGGGGAUCGACCUCGUCGGACCCUUCCCUACGGCACCUGGCCAACUCCGGUAUCUCAUCGUUGCCAUAGAUUACUGCACCAAAUGGAUCGAAGCUGAACCCUUAGCCUCCAUAACGGCAGCCCAAUGCCGAAAAUUCCUCUAG